AUGGCAGUCAACACAAGACGUUUUCCCUGUUGACCGUUUGCGGCGAACGUCAGGGUGAUUGACUCGCGCACGACGUCGUAAUCAUUCACCAUUUUCCUACAAAUUUGAAAAUUUACAGGUGACACUGGCAAAAGAGGUGUCAGUCGAGGUGAUUCCGAGUAUUAUCAAUCUGACGAUUGAGGAGUUUCACGCGUUGGCCGGCAAGUAUCGAGGUAUGAAUGAGCACGCGUUCAUAAAAUGAAUAUUUGGGCUUACAGACGCGUUCACCGCCUUCAAAACCGACUAUUUUACGGAACGUGGCAAGUUUCAAGAGUUUACAUCGAAUAUGGUAGGUUUAGUCUUCGAAUUUGGGGAAAAACGUGCAAAUACCACGUUUCUUAGUGAAAAACAGUCAAUCACUACGGGAAAAUCUGAAAAUUUUCACUUAGAAGCCGCCGCUAAAAUCGUGCACUUUUUGCGAACUUGAAAUCGAAAAUUCGAGGCCUAAAAGUUUAAAGGCGCACCACGUCGAGCUUGAAGAUUUCGCUGCGAGACCCGCAGAGCCCAAAUCAGGUGAUAAACGGAGAGAAGACAAAGCUCACGUGCACUCUUCUCUCUCUGAUCGUCUGCUGCUCUCCGCGCUUUAGGCCAUUAUGAAUUUUCGACGUAUACAUAUAAUUAUCAUUAUACUUCCCCUCUCCUCACACACACACACACACACACGCACACAUUCUUGUUCAGAUCGCCGUCGCCAACAACCUGCACACGUGCAUCGAGUCGACCGAAAAGUAUAUGCAGCAGAUUCGACUGUCGAUGGAGGGCGGCGAGGAGUACGCGACGGGCGGAGGAGCCGCGACGAGCGCAGGAGCACCGGCGGGCCGUGGACGCAUCGCCGUCACGCAGCAGCAGUUGAUUGAGAACAUGGAUGCGUUGAACACGCGCUGGAGCAACGCCGCUUCUGUUGCGUAAGCGAUCUGGAACAGAGAAGAGGGUGAUGACGUGGGGUUUGAGGAGAACAGACAGUGCUAGGCUGGUCGAACAGGCGCCUGUUUUGUUGCAGAGUAUAAAAAGCGGGACGUUUUGCAACUGGAAUGCAUGUGGAAGCGAUUUUCAAACCAGAGAGCGCGAAAAGACAUUUGCAAUCCACAUAUCUCGAGAGUAAAUUAUCCAAUCGAUCCGAAAAAAAUCGGUCACAAUAUUCUUCAAUCAACUACCAAGAAGCCUACAAAGUUUUGGACCGAUUCAACUAUUGCAACUAGGUGUCAAAAGUCCCGCACAAUCUCUAGGGAACGGUUUCGAUAUCUAGUGUCCGGCAGUUUGAGCACACUUUAGUUGUGUUAGAAUACUAGAAAGUGCUUGAAAAAGCGCCCCUUCUGACCGUUGACAUGCCACUUUUUGUCUACAAAUCGCUCAAAAAGUGCCCCAGUCAACGUUCAGAAGAUGCAUUCAUUUUUCGACACUUUGGACUAGCUAGACAGUAGCACCGAAUACGACAAUAUUGUGCACGGGCCAGGGUUUUAUAGGCGCGCGCCAAUAAUUGAGUGAACAAAGAAAUAGGGGCGUGUCUUGCGGACCGUCGACAAAUCGUUGUUAUUGUCGAGAGUUAUAAUUUUUAAUGGAGUCUUCGGGAGACGGGAAUGGAUCGCUAAUGGAUUACGGUAAAUAGCCGCCAAGGUCAGACGCGCCUUUAACACAGUACCAGUCUUCGCGGCGAGAGCAUCACAGUUUUUUGGCUGAAUUCUAGUAGUUGAACAAUAGAGGCGAUUCUGGAAAAUAGUGAUUAUUGUACGAUUUUGCGCGGCGGAACAUGUGACACGUCAUCAACCUCACUGGGGACAAUUGAAAAGUUGAAAAAGCGAAAAAAAAAUGUGUUUAGGGUCAACUAUCUACGCGAAGAAGUGAUCACCGACAUUGCACCGAGCCUCUUGGAGCUGUUCUCCAAAAAAUGGUAUCAGUUUUCGAUAGAUUUAUCGAUGCGACUUCAACAAGUUUGAGUAUAUCGAUACGUUUAUCGAUAAAACGUGGACACAUUUCUCGGAUAAAUUUAUCGAUAAAGUCUGUUUUUGUUCAGGUUGACCGGAAGCGCGGCGCUCGAGACGAUUUGCAUGACAAUCUCCGACUAUUAUCACGAUCACAAACACUUGCGUCCGGUCACCCGCGCCGCCCUUCUCAUGGACCUACAGUUUAGGAUUGUCAGCGAAUACUUGAAGGCCAUCGAGACCAAGUACGUCUUUUUUUGCAGAAAAAUGUUUGAGAAAAAACCGUUUUCAGACGCCUAACAUUCACCACUUAUGAGGAACGGGCGGCCGCCGGAAAACAGAUGAAGUCGGACGUCGCCAAAUUGGAUCGUUUGUACUCGGAGUUCGCGGCGCAUCAGGAUCUCACUGAUCAGGUAGCCGGAAUGCAUUGGAAACUUUUGACCAAUUUUACUGUUAAAUGGAAUGCCGCCGGUCUGAAAUUUGUUUGGCGCACACUUGUAAUAAUCCGAUGGGAACCAAACUUUGCAGGCUUCUUGGACUUGGGUUGAAGUAUAUUUGAUCCGAGUUUCAGACUGAUCGGAUUAUCCGGUCCCGGGAUACAGUGAUUUGAUCAACAUAUCUCGGGACCAGAUGCUGAAACUCUAGCCUACAAUACUUUAAUCCAUGUCCAAUCGGAUUGCUACAAGUGGGUCAAAAGUUCAAAAAUUUCCCCAACAACACUAUCUUUCAUUUUCCAGUUGACAAUCCUGACGUCGAUCGUCGCGGCGGCCGGAGACGUGAUUUCGCUAAAGGACAAGUCGCUGCUCUCGCUCGAAGCCACCUCGUUCGCCCGCAAGUUCGCCAACUGUCCGCCGGAAUUGCUCGCGGCGAUCCUCGCGAGCCGCGACGACGUCGGACGAUCGGACGCGCGGAGCCUGGCCGAUGAGGUGCUGCAGCACGUGCAAUUCCAUCCGAAAGACCCGAUAUUCGACCAGCUGUUCGCCCUCCGACAGCAAGAGAGCUCCGAGUGGCUGCCGAGCUUCGGAAUGGCCAACGUCUUCAAGUCGGACUUCAUCUCGCGACUCAAGAGAGACGCAUAA